AAAGCCUACCAGAUCCUGAGCUGCAACCAACAGGAGCACAAACAAUCUGAAGGACUUCUGCCAUCAGAUACUCUACAUGGAGGAAAAACGGAUUUUUGGGAUGUAUACACUGUUCUAAGGAUCAUUUCUCAGUUUUAGUUUUUCACUGAAGAAGUGGGUGGUGCAUGUGAGCAGAAGAUCCUAUUACAGAGAUUCAGACUUUUUCCAGUUUUUUUCUAUAAGUGGGGGUAGGGCGAAGCAACUUUCUCUGUUAUGGUUUUCUUCCUAAAGCCAUCCAGCAAAAAACUUCAUUUGAUCUGGAUUCAUCUUUAACUAUUUUUUUUAUUUGAUACUUUAUCAGGAGUAAUUGAGCUGAAUAAUGUGGACAUUUAGGACUAUUCUGUGGCACACGGACGAAAAGUGCAGAGCCAAAAAGUUUGAGGGGACUUCAAGAAAACUGUAGAGAAGAAAAGAACGCCCUGCAGUUUUCCUGCAGCAUGGGAAUCUUUCUGUUUUACCACAGUAGCUUACAGUUUGAUUCCUAAAGCCUUGUUCUUUUGAGCAGUUGGAUUUUCCUCAGGUCCAUUUCUCCUUUCAAGAUGUCUUCCCAGGCUUGGAGCCCCAUUGUUGGGAUGCUUUGCAUCUGGGCUGCCUGGCUGUGGGGCUGUAGGGCAGUGCUGGCCCAGAACGGGACAUUGUUUGAAGACAACUGCAAGAAAACUACAACUUGUGAGGCGCUUAAAUACAACACUUGCUUGGGAUCACCUUUACCGUACACCCAUACAUCUCUGAUCCUGGCUGAGGACUCCAGUAGCCAAGAGGAGGCUUUUGAAAAGCUGACCAUGUGGUCUGGAUUGCGAAAUGCUCCACGCUGUUGGUCUGUAAUCCAGCCACUGCUCUGUGCCAUCUACAUGCCAAAAUGUGAGAAUGGGCAAGUGGAGCUGCCCAGCAAAAGUCUGUGUUUGGCCACACGUCGCCCUUGCAGCAUCGUGGAUCGAGAGAGAGGAUGGCCCAAUUUUCUCAAAUGUGACAAAUUCCCAGUGGGCUGUUCGGUUCCGAAGUUGAAGUUCAACACCUCAGGCCAGUGUGAAGCUCCUCUGGUGAAGACAAACAUUCAGUCCAGUUGGUACAAGGAUGUAGAAGGUUGUGGUAUCCAGUGUGACAACCCCUUGUUCACAGAAGAGGAGCACGAUGAUAUGCACGCCUACAUUGCUUACUUUGGCACAGUCACCCUCCUCUGCACCUUUUUUACUUUGGCCACAUUUCUUGCUGACUGGAAAAACUCAAACCGCUACCCAGCCGUCAUUCUCUUCUACAUCAAUGCUUGCUUCUUUGUGGGCAGCAUUGGUUGGCUGGCCCAAUUUCUGGAUGGAGCACGCAAGGAGAUUGUGUGCAAGAGCGACAACACUAUGCGGCUAGGGGAGCCCUCAUCUUCAGAAACGCUGUCAUGUGUCACCAUCUUCAUCAUCGUCUAUUACUCCCUGAUGUCUGGUGUGAUCUGGUUCGUCAUGCUCACCUACGCCUGGCACACCUCCUUCAAGGCUUUGGGAACAACUCAACAGCCGCUAUCUGGACGAACCUCUUAUUUCCACAUGGUGACCUGGUCCAUCCCUUUUGUCCUCACUGUUGCCAUCCUUGCUUUAGCUGAGGUGGAUGGGGACUCUGUGAGCGGGAUUUGCUUUGUUGGCUACAAGAACUACCACUACCGGGCUGGGUUUGUGCUGGCGCCCAUUGGAGUGGUGCUAGUUGUUGGAGGCUACUUCCUCAUCCGGGGUGUCAUGACCUUAUUUUCCAUCAAGAGUAACCACCCGGGACUGCUGAGUGAGAAAGCAGCCAGCAAAAUCAAUGAGACAAUGCUGAGACUUGGUAUAUUUGGAUUCCUUGCCUUUGGCUUUGUUUUCAUCACAUUCGGAUGUCACUUUUAUGACUUCUUCAACCAGGCUGAAUGGGAGAGAAGCUUCAGAGAAUAUGUUCUGUGUGAAGCCAAUGUGACAAUUGCUUCUCAAACCAAUAAGCCCAUCCCAGAAUGCACCAUUAAAAACCGUCCCAGUCUGAUGGUAGAGAAGAUCAAUCUGUUUUCCAUGUUCGGGACAGGAAUAGCUAUGAGCACCUGGGUCUGGACUAAGGCCACCUUUCUCAUCUGGAAACGCACUUGGUUCAAGAUCAUCGGUCGCAGUGACAAUGAACCCAAAAGGAUCAAGAAGAGCAAAAUGAUUGCUAAGGCGUUUGCAAUGAGAAAGGAGCUUCACAAGGACCCGGAGAAGGAGCUUUCCUUCAGCAUGCACACCAUGUCACACGAUGGCCCAGUGGCUGGAAUUAAUUUUGAGCUGAACGAGCCAUCCAAUGAUGUUUCAUCGGCAUGGGCGUUACACGUGACCAAGAUGGUCGCUAGACGUGGAGCCAUACUGCCUCAGGACAUUUCUGUCACUCCCACUGGGACACCAGUGCCCCCUCCAGAGGCGAGGAACAAGUUGUGGAUGGUGGAGGCAGAGAUAUCACCUGAGAUGAUAAAGAGGAAAAAGAAGAAGAAGAAAAGAAGGAAGGAGGUGCGAAAGCCGGAAGAGGUGGUGGAAAACCAAACUUGCCUUCAGCGAGAGUUUGGCCGCAGCGCAGUUCCCCGACUGCCUAAACUUCCCUGUCACCCAAGCCUGGUGGCCAAUCUGCGUGAACAGCAGAGGGAGCUGACGUUGGAGCAGGAGAAUCUGCCAGGCUCUUUACCAGAUUUUGAACCUUAUGAGGAGAGGUGUCCUUACCUGCAGUGUCAGAGCAGUAAAAAUAGUUAUCUGAUGACUCAGGUUGAUUGUCCGGAAAACCUGGGUCUUAGGCCGCGCUGUCACCCUUUGACUUCAAACCGGCAGCCUGGUGGAUCAUCAAUGUUCCCAGGAGGGAUGGAUCAUCCUGGCGGGCUGUCAGAGAGAAUGGCUCAUGUGGCACGGGUACCAGCGGGCCGCAGGGCUGGCUAUGGACCCAUCCACUCCAGGACCAAUUUAAUGGAAGCAGAGCUUAUGGAUGCUGACUCUGAUUUUUAAAACAGCAAGAACACCAAUAACUGGGGGUAACCUAAAAACAUUCCUCUGAACUCCACCAGACCCAACAACACCAGGGUCUUAAAUGUGUGGUCAGUUUUAAGUCUGUUAUUUACAUUGUAUGAGUGUAUGUGUGCAAGAGACGUAUGGAGACACAAAAGAGAAAAAUAAUCUGUAUAUAUAUAUAUAGAAAAGAUUAGUUUUUAUAUUGCAUUCUGUACAAUAUACCCUGUGUUCUAUUGCAUACGUGUAAUAAAACAGAUCAGGCAGCUAAACUGUCCAUGUCUUGUAAGCAUGGGCUGGUAAAACGUUCUCAGUGUGAUUACAUUCAGUCUAAAAUUCUUUAUGGCAUUUUGACAAAACAGCACAAAUCUGUAUAAUAUUGCUAAAUGCUUUUAUUUUAAACAGUAAAUACUAUUAUUGACACUACCCUUUAAUAAUCUAAUAUAGCUGGCUAGUUCUAAACUACUAUGUUAGUUAUAGAGAUGCACCAAUCAGUCCACCACAGUUUUGAACCGGCCAAAUUUCCUCUAUCUGUUCUCCCAACCAGUGGCAGUUCUAGAUCAAGUGUACCAGGGGGCCAGGAGGGGGCCAGCAUUGUUUUCAUGGGGGCACAGAAAAGCAUGAAAUAAAAAAUAGGGUUAGGGAUUCCAAUAUAUUUAGAUGGCUGCAUAAGGUAAAAUUUCUGUUUAAUUAGGUUUGAUUAAAAGUCUAUGUCUUAUUUGGUCAAUAUACAUUCAGAAUUUAGGAAUUUUACAUAUUUUCGACUUAAUUUUAGUUAAAGUAACUGUUUUCUAUAAAAUCUGAAUUAGAAAAAAGUAUUUUUUU